GUUGGAAAGCGUUGGAACCGCGCGUAUACGGAGUUUGUUUCUUGUGUUGUGACUCAUUGUGGACUUGUUUUUGUGUUAUACUUGUGAAGAAAUGUUUCAUUAACCAUGGGUGUACUAACGGCGGCCGCAGCUGCGGCUAAGUCCGCCCUCACCAUCGCCGGGAUCAGCAAACUGACAUUCAUCCCAGCAAUGCUCGCUGCAAUGGCCUACUUCAACUAUGACCUACUAGAUCCUGAGAACAGACCUUUCAACCAGCAAUACUUGAGAGAAGAAUACGACUUUGUUAUAGUCGGUGGAGGAUCUGCUGGUGCGGUUCUGGCGAAUAGACUGUCGGAGGUGGAAAGUUGGAAUGUACUGCUAUUGGAAGCUGGUGGACAUGAGACGGAUAUCAGUGAUGUUCCUCUACUCUCGUUGUAUCUUCAUAAAAGUAAACUCGAUUGGAAAUACCGAACUCAACCACAAGACUCCGCGUGCCAGGCGAUGAAAGACAAACGUUGCAGCUGGACCAAGGGCAAAGUUCUCGGCGGCUCCUCAGUCCUCAACACAAUGCUCUACAUCCGCGGUAACAAGAGAGACUUCGACCAGUGGGAGGCUUUCGGGAACCCUGGCUGGGGAUACGAAGACGUGCUACCUUACUUCAAGAAAUCAGAAGACCAAAGGAAUCCGUACUUAGCGAAGGAUAAGAGACAUCAUAGUGAAGGUGGUUACUUAACAGUACAAGAUGCACCCUACAACACACCCAUUGGAGCAGCCUUCCUACAAGCAGGUGAAGAAAUGGGCUACGACAUUGUCGACGUGAACGGCGCUCAGCAGACAGGCUACGCAUGGUAUCAGUUCACCAUGAGACGAGGCACCAGAUGCUCCACUGCCAAGGCGUUCCUCCGACCAGUUCGUCUACGACAAAAUCUUCACGUAUCGUUAUUCUCUCAUGUUACAAAAGUCUUAAUAGACAAAGACCAAAAACGAGCAUACGGAGUUCAAUUUAUUAAAGACCAACAGAAGCAAAUAGUAUACGCUAAACGGGAAGUUAUUCUAGCAGCUGGAGCGAUAGCUUCCCCACAGUUACUCAUGCUCUCGGGUAUCGGACCUGCUCAACAUUUACAAGAAGUAGGUAUAGACGUGAUACAAGAUUCUCCCGGUGUUGGGAGAAACUUGCAAGAUCACAUCGCUGUCGGUGGAUUGGUCUUUGAAAUCGAUUAUCCAAUCAGCUUAAUUAUGAGUCGACUUGUGAACAUCAAUUCUGCUUUACGUUACGCUAUAUCAGAAGAUGGUCCUCUAACUUCGAAUAUUGGUUUAGAAGUAGUUGCAUUUAUAAAUACAAAGUACGCAAACUCUUCUGAUGAUUGGCCUGAUAUGGAAUUCAUGAUGACUUCUGCAUCUAUACCAUCAGAUGGCGGUACACAAGUGAAACGAGCCCACAGUAUUACAGACGAAUUUUACGAUGAAGUAUUCGGUCAUUUGACAAACAAAGAUGUAUUUGGAAUCUUCCCGAUGAUGUUAAGACCGAAGAGUACAGGAUUUAUAAAGUUACGAUCGAAAAAUCCUUUAGAAUAUCCCCUUAUGUAUCACAAUUAUUUAACUCAUCCUGAUGAUGUGGGAGUUUUAAGGGAAGGUGUGAAGGCAGCGGUCGCUGUUGGCGAAACUAAGGCUAUGAAACGACUUGGGGCUAGGUUCAACGACAAGCCUGUUCCAAAUUGCAAACAUUUACCAUUGUAUACCGAUGAGUAUUGGGAUUGCAUGAUAAGACAAUACACUAUGACUAUUUAUCACUUAUCGUGUACAGCUAAAAUGGGUCCAUCGACUGAUCCUAUGGCAGUUGUUGAUCCGACAUUACAAGUGUAUGGUGUGAAAGGUUUAAGGGUGAUCGAUGCUAGUAUUAUGCCGGCUAUUACGAAUGGAAAUAUAAACGCCCCUGUUAUUAUGAUUGCAGAAAAGGGCAGCGAUUUGAUUAAGGAAACUUGGUUACCGAAAAGACGGAAAAGAAAUGCGAAAUCUUCUAAGUUUUCAAACGUAAAGAAAAUAAAAAAUAACACUUUGUGUAGUACAAAAAGAUGAUAGUGUAAUUAAACAGUAAACGUGUAUAUUAGAUAAAACGCCAUAGUUUUGUGCAAAAUGCUAAAAACCAAAAGUAAGUUUUUACUGACAAAUCAGUUAGAUUAUAUUUUUUAAUAGUUUCAAUGGUUUUUCCGUAUUCUAGUCUCUUCGACAAUAUUUGUGUAUAUAUUUUGAGUUAAGUUUUUUUCCUAUUAAGAACUGCAAAGGAACCAAGUUAGAAAACUUUAGAUGCUAUGAAAUUCAAUGCACCUUAGAUAAUUGUGAAAAAAUAAACAUUUUUGUAGGACAAAAUUUAUUCACGUGUAAAUUAU